GAGAUGGCUUUUGAGCAGUGUGAGGGUCUUGAAAAGGGUGGCAACAGUGGGCUUGAGGACUUGGAAAAGCCUCUCAUUGAGCAGAUCAUAGUUUUUGGCUCUGAAGAUGAUGAAGUUGCUUCCACAUCCAACAAGAAGGAAUCGAUUAUGAUGGUUUUGCUUAGCUCUGCUGUUGCGGUCUGUGGCUCAUUUGAAUUCGGGUCAUGUGUGGGCUAUUCAGCACCAACUCAAUCAGCCAUAAGGGAAGAUCUUCAUCUAUCGCUAUCCGAGUUGGUGCUGUUACAAGUGGCCGAAUUUCAGACAUGAUCGGUCGAAAAGGAGUACGAAAUUUUUCAAUACGAUGAUCAAAAACCUGCCAAUAUUGAAUCUUUUCUAGUUUGCUGGAAUUUGUAAAGCCUUUUGGCUUGCUUAUGAAAACAGGCAAUGAGACUGUCAGUUGGAUUUUGCAUCACUGGAUGGCUGGCAGUCUUCUUCUCCAUGGGAGCUUUUCUGCUUGAUUCGGGAAGAUUCUUAACGGGAUAUGGCAUUGGGAUUUUCUCGUUUGUGGUCCCCGUGUUUAUCGCAGAAAUAGCACCAAAGAAUCUCCGGGGAGGCCUCACAACACUUAAUCAGCUUAUGAUUGUCAGUGGUUCAUCGGUUGCCUUCUUGAUUGGAACAGUGGUAACAUGGCGAACACUAGCCCUGACCGGACUUGUUCCCUGCGUUAUCCUGCUGUUGGGACUGUUCUUCAUCCCAGAGUCCCCCAGAUGGCUGGCAAAGGUAGGCUGCAAGAAAGAAUUUGAAGCUGCACUGCAUAAGCUUCGUGGCAACAAUGCUGAUAUCUCCCGUGAAGCAACUGAAAUCCAGGCUUACAUCAAAACUGUCAACAGUCUUCCAAAAGCCGGGAUACUUGAUUUAUUCGACAGCAAAUACACGAGACCUGUGAUUAUUGGGGUUGGAUUAAUGGUGUUCCAACAGUUUGGAGGAAUAAAUGGAAUAGGUUUCUACGUGACUGAAACCUUCGUGGAGGCAGGAUUAUCUUCUGGAAGUAUUGGAACUGUGGCUUAUGCCUUAAUUCAGAUUCCUAUAACUAUGGUUGGAGCAUUGCUCAUGGACAAAUCAGGAAGAAGGCUGCUUCUCAUGUUGUCUGCAACCGGCAUGUUUCUCGGCUGCUUUCUCACUGCAAUCUCUUUCUUCCUCAAGGGCCAGGGUUUGUUGCUUAGAUUUGUAUCAAUAUUGGCUUCUUCUGGAGUAUUGAUUUAUAUAGCAUCAUUUUCGAUUGGGAUGGGAGCAGUUCCUUGGGUGAUCAUGUCUGAGAUCUUCCCAAUACAUGUAAAGGGAGUUGCUGGCAGCUUGGUGGUGCUAGUGAACUGGUUGGGUGAUUGGGUUGUCUCUUAUACUUUCAACUUUCUCAUGAGCUGGAGUUCCACAGGUACCUUCUUGCUCUACGCUGCAUUUUGCGUGAAGACUGUACUAUUUGUGGCAAAAGUGGUGCCAGAAACAAAGGGGAAAACGCUGGAAGAAAUUCAAGCAUCCAUCAGCUCAUAGGCAGGGUUUGAUGCAUAAAUGAUAAAUUGGCUACUGAAUCACCUGAUUUUCUCAGGAAAAUUUUCUGGGUAUGGCUGAAAAUCAUGUAGAAUAGGUCUCCCAUGGAGCCUCAGAUGAGCCAAAUGAGGUAGAAGCCUCAGAUUCAUGCUCUGAACUGAACCUGAACCAUUCAUUUGCUCGUAUUUAAUUAAUUUCCUACAUUGUGAACUGAAAAUUCACUGUCCACAACCAUCCUUGCUCAUUUUCCCAAGAAAAUUCACCAACCACAGUCCAUCAAGAGAUGCCCAAUAACUACACAACAAAUACGGAAAUGCUAUUUAACAUAAAUUUAAUAUUUUGAUUAAUAUUUUGUGUUAAUGUGUUGUACAGUUAUAUUGAUGUGAUGUGGUACAAAAUAUAAAACAUUAAUGUAACAAGUGUCAAACUUCAGUUUCCAAAUAAAUUUUU